CACCUUAAUAGGGAAAAUGGGAAGGCUUUGUGGCGUUCCUGUCCAUACGAACAUAGCUGUCACUCUGGCACAUCACUCGGAAGCCAUCCGUGCGACCCAAGCACGACGCAAGGAUGAGAUAGUUAAUGCAAUCAAUCCUCAGAGGCAGGGAGCGUCCCGCUACAACAGUGAAAAGGAUGUCCUCGCUCUGGCGGCCGCCAUCAAAGACUUGGCCUUCUCCACCCGGAAGACACGCACGGCUUUAUGGUGCGCCCUUCAGAUGACUCUCCCGAAAACUUCAGCGAAGGAGGCAGAAGUAGAACGGGUCCUGCGGGAGCUCUGUCCGGCCGUCGGCCCCUCGCAAGGCAAGACCCGCGCGGAGCACGAAGACAAGGAAAACAAGCGGGAGAACCACGCCGAACCCCAGCAAGUCCUCAGAUGAAUGGGUCAAGGAGAGACAAAAACUCGUCGUCACGUGGAAAGUGCGCCAGGCGGUCCGCGCGGCUCGCUGACGCGUGGUGUGUUUCCACUGUCGUGGCCCAAGUCUAGAUAUAUGCAUCUGUGUUAAUAAGUGUUGCAGCAUUUUUAACGUUGGUGGUGUCGUGUUGUCUGCUGUGCAAAAUAGAAGGGGGUUGACUGAUAAGGAGAGACAAAGCAAUAGUCGAUCAUCUUCCCGACCACCAGUCCAAAGCUGGGACUCGUGCCGUUGACUGGGAAACCAGCGGGCAGCAAAGCUAAUUCGGGUAUUUUACAA